CCGGGCUUUGUGCGCGCCCAGCCGAGGCAGGCGGCGGCGGCCCCGGCCCUCCUCGCCCGCCAGGCAGCCACCUGCUCCGGCCAUGUGAAGGCGCACGCCGCGCAGCCCCGGCGCCGGCCAAGAUGCUGAGCCGGCUGAUGAGCAGCAGCAGCAGGAGCCUGGACCGCGACUACCCCUGCACCGUCCGCCUCCUCGACGACAACGAGUACUCCUGCACCAUCCAGAGAGAUGCCAAAGGCCAGUUCCUCUUUGACCUUCUGUGCCAUCACUUAAACCUCCUGGAGAAGGACUACUUUGGGAUCCGCUUUGUUGACCCCGACAAGCAGAGGCACUGGCUGGAAUUCACAAAGUCUGUUGUGAAACAAAUGCGAUCUCAGCCCCCUUUCACGAUGUGCUUCCGGGUGAAGUUCUACCCCACUGACCCAGCUGCUCUGAAAGAGGAGAUCACCAGGUAUCUCGUCUUCUUGCAGAUCAAACGAGAUCUGUAUCACGGGCGCCUCCUGUGCAAGACCUCCGACGCUGCUCUGCUGGCCGCCUACAUUCUCCAAGCUGAAAUUGGUGACUAUGAUCCUGGAAAACACCCAGAGGGAUACAGUUCCAAGUUCCAGUUUUUCCCCAAACACUCUGAGAAAUUGGAGAGGAAAAUUGCUGAGAUCCAUAAAAUUGAGCUCAGUGGGCAGACCCCCGCAAUGGCAGAGCUGAACUUUCUCAGGAAAGCGCAGACCUUGGAGACGUACGGAGUGGACCCACAUCCCUGCAAGGAUGUGUCCGGAAAUGCUGCUUUUCUGGCCUUCACGCCUUUCGGAUUUGUGGUCCUGCAAGGAAACAAGCGAGUCCACUUCAUUAAAUGGAACGAAGUGGCCAAAAUGAAAUUUGAAGGCAAGACAUUCUAUUUAUACGUAAGUCAGAAAGAGGAAAAGAAAAUUGUUCUGACCUAUUUUGCUCCAACUCCUGAAGCCUGCAAGCAUCUCUGGAAGUGUGGGAUUGAAAAUCAAGCCUUUUAUAAGUUGGAGAAGUCCAGUCAAGUUCGCACCGUCUCCAGCAGCAACUUAUUUUUCAAAGGGAGCCGGUUCCGAUACAGCGGCCGAGUUGCCAAAGAAGUGAUGGAGUCUAGUGCCAAAAUUAAGAGGGAGCCUCCAGAAAUACAUAGGGCUGGACUGGUUCCCAGCCGGAGCUGCCCCUCCAUCCCCCACGGACCCAGGCUCAGCAGCGUUCCCAGGACCAGGAGGAGAGCUGUCCACAUCUCCAUCAUGGAAGGGCUGGAGUCUUUGCGGGACAGUGCUCACUCCACCCCGGUCAGGUCGACCUCCCACAGCGACACCUUCUUGCCCCACUUGCGGAGCGGCAGGGCAGAGAGCACCGAGCGUGUGGCAGUCAUCUCAGAUGAGGUCUACAGUCCGUCAUACAGCGUGCUGCCCACUCCGGUGGCCGAAGAGAGCCUGGAACUGAUGCUGCUGUCCCGGCCAGUUAAUGGCGCCCCUUGCAGCAUAGAGGAAGAGGAGUCGGAAGCUGGCGCUCCAGCGGGGGAGGCAGAGGAGCUGGGAAGGGACCUCCGCGCCUUGUGCAGCAGUGGAGGAGCCCAGUCAGAACAGGUGAAUAAGUUUGUUUUAAGUGUCCUCCGUCUGCUCCUUGUGACAGUCGGACUCCUCUUUGUUUUGCUCCUUCUCCUGAUCAUCCUUACGGAGUCUGACCUUGACGUUGCCUUUUUCCGUGAUAUUCGCCAGACCCCCGAGUUUGAACAAUUCCAUUAUCAAUACUUUUGUCCCCUCAGGCGAUGGUUUGCCUGCAAAAUCCACUCCGUACUCAGCCUGAUCAAUGAUACCUGAAGGCAGUUGUCCUCCUAGUAAGUAGCCAGGAGGACUGUGGAAGAACCCUGCUGCCCAUUCCCAGAAAACGGGGCUCAUCGUGGCGCCAUCAGCACAUAAAUUAAGUCCUCCUCUCAUGACUGAAAGCGGCCCAGGAGGGCAGCUUCCCAGCCGAAGAAAAGGAUCAAACUCACCAUGCAACCGAUUUCUUUGCAGGUCCUCUGGUGGGAAGCUCCUUCAAAGUUCUGCUUUCCAACAUUCAGAUUACUCUGCACUGUUCAAAUUUACUUUUGCUUUCGUAGAGGUGUUAAUUGCAGAAACUUCAAGUAGAGAGAGCUUAUUUUAUUAUUACUAUCAUUGGACUAAACGCCAGCCUUCAGCUGGGACGCCAGUUCACGAAGACAGCUGUUACUUUAUGCAGGAGCUUUUGUAAUGGUGCUACUGAGUUGUAAGUUUAAUAAUAUAGUAUUAUUUUAUUAAAACUGCCAUUGUGCACAGCACUUCCAUCUUGGAAAUGGACACUGAAAAUAGGGCAGUUUUAUUUCCUUACCAAUUACCAGGCUUGAUGUGGGGGAGCGACGGGGGGGAGGGGAGAAUGAUAGGACCAAUGCCAAUAUUGUGAGAUCAUCUAGCAUUACCAAUUCUUUUCAAGCAAUAGAUUGUUAUGAGAGGAAGUCAGCAGGCAUAAAUUUAUUUCUUCCCUUAGCAUAGAGCGCAAUGGCCAUUAAAUCUGUCUUUGGUGAAUUUCAAUCCUUGGCCUUUACAAUCCCAGAGAGACCUUUUCUUAGAAUAGUUGGCAGCCAAAGGAAGCAGGCAUUGGUAUAGAUGGGAAGAGUCAAUCUGUGCAACUGAUUGUUGAUUCUGAAGUCUUGCUGUAGUAGUAAUCAUCCGGUCUGCAUUCUUUGAAUGAGAUUCUGCCACAGUAAACUAUAAAUUUUUUGUAUUAUGAAAGAACUUAUUUCAACCUAUAUUUUAAGAAAAAAUAUAUUUUGUUAAUGAACCAAAUGUUUUUUUACUUUAUAAAUUGGAUAAAUGUAGUGUUGGGAUAUCAAGUGACAGAUACUCACAAGGUUACAAAUGUUUUAGAACAACGUGUUAACACUGCAUAAACCAUCCAUUGUUUCUAAAAAGUGGGCUGUUUUGUGCUAUUUAAAAUGAAAAUUAGGAGAAAUGACAAGUAACCAUCGAGAGAACAAUCAAACAAUCAAAUCUCCAAAGCAAAAGAAAUCCAGACUUUUUUGUAUUUUGUUUUGUGACCCAGAGAGUACUCUCCAAAAGCAGCUCAUUUGUACAGGGAGCAAUAACACACGGGAAGAGAGCAAGAGCACGGAAUCUGACUGGCAAGGGUUCUAUUUCAUCUCAGGGAGAGAUUUCAGGUCGUUUGGGGAUCUAAUCAGAAAUGUUUCAAGAGGCUGGUUUCAUGAUGUUGACUCUGCCCGAGCAGCCACAUAUAUGCGCACAGGCCCUCCGAAUUCAGCAGAACCGAAGCACUGCCAGAACCCAUGGGAAGGAGGCCACGGAGGUGGGACUUUGCGCAUUAACUUUUCCUCCACAGCCGGUCAUUCGCAUUCAAAAAAGAGCACAAUUAACAGCAUUAGCAAUACACGGGGUGCAUGCACCUUGGCUAGCGAAGAUCCCGGUCAAGUCACCUCAGAGUCAACCAUUAAAUACCACGGCCAGCCUCUCAGGAGCCAGAAGCAAUUGUGGUUUUUGCAAGAGGAACAGAUAACAUUACACUUUGUAUUGUCUAUGAGAAGAUGGAGGGAGCUAUCCAAGGAUUUAUAAUGUUUUAUGCAACAAAGCAACAAAAACUUCUAGUGUGGUGUUCCUACCUCAGUCUGUAGUAAAUGAUGCUUCUAUGCAGUGGGGGGAAAGUUUUCAUGUCGUAAUUCUGCACUCCAGAGAAAGAUACAAACGUUCACGUGUUAAUUGUUGGUGGUGUUUCUCAUGCCUCAAACCUGUCCAAUUCUACCUGUAACUAUUUCAUGCAAUACAUUUUUUUAAUAGACAAGAUGCAAACUUUAAUGGGGAGAAGUCAUUCUUAGAUAGCUAUUGACCCUAAACAAUCCUGGGCCCAAUUAAGGACACUUUUUCUUGUGCACUGCAGAAUGCACUGGGGGACUAAGCUCUAUUUCUGCCAAGGGUUUUAUCCAACCCUUCGGCCUUCUGUUUCAUGUUUCAC